AUGUGGACUAGCUGUUGUUUUGUAAAUAAAAGACGAUCCGGACGUGUGAAAACAUCGAUACAGUCGAUCAAUAUUACAAAACACGGGGCACAUCCGACGGGAAAGUCGAGCUCGAAUGAAUUGUCCGAGAAACCCCUUAUUGAUGCGACCGCGAACGGAUAUCAGUUGAGCCAUGAACGCCGUAGUCUGCCAGAUGUGGUAAUCACCUCGGCAUCCAUGGCACCAACGAAAGCAUUGCCCAUGACACGGCCUAGCCUUCAGUUAGAUCGAGAAACCGGUCGACGACCCACAUUGGACGUGGAAACUACCGCACGUUUGGCCGAGGCCGAAAGUAUCGGGUUCGAAGACCUGGCCGGAACAGAUGCACCUGGAACGAAAACCAGUUAUCGUUCGAAAAGCUUAGGUUCCACACAGUUGACAAAACAAAUGGGGGGAAUGUACAAACCUAUUGCUCAGUCCAGAGCAUCAACUAGUAAUGCAACUCAAACGGAUGAUGUACUAUGCAUGGAUAAAGUCUCCAAAAAGGCUAACUUGAUGCGCUUGGCCACUCUGAAAGGGUUCCAAAAGCAUUUGAGAAAAUUGAGCACACUUAGACAUAGUCAUACUCCGGAUGCUGGAUCAAAGGUGGAUGCCGAAUUACGUCAGAACACAUCCAGUCGUGCAUCCAAAGAUUCGCGAAUAGUCGAAGAGAACGAUGACUCGUCCGAGCAGGCAUCGGUUGGUGACUGUCUCGGUCAGUUACCACCGAAAUCACUGACCCGCGGAAAUCGUUUCAUUCGGUACAGUGUGAGUGAAGGCUCUCAUAAAUCUGCUGUUGUAAACGAAAGUUCAAACUAUACUGCUGCAGCACCACGACCCGGAGGAAUAAGACGGGGUUCUUUGUGCAUUUUCAGUCAGGUGGACGAACCAAUUGUCACUCCGUUCGCUCAAAUCCUGGCCAGUCUACGGCGAGUACGGGCGAAUUUUAUCCUGCUCACAAAUGUGUCCAGUUUACGAGAGUAA